GUCAAACACCACUACCUAGCAUUGUAGCCACUGUGGCGGAGCUUUGCUAACUCCACUAAACUUAUUUUAUAGUUUAACUACAAUAACAUUAACCACAGUGACGUGCUAUCGUUACAUGGUGUGUGCAGCCAUGGCAAAGAAUAAGACGCCUGGAUACAAAUGCUCAUACAACUGUGGCAAAGUCGAGGAGCGGGAGCCGAGAAGUUGUGUGCGUUUCAAAUGCGGACUACUCAACACCAUACAGAACGUCCUGCACCAAAGACCUGGCUGGGUUGAAGUCAAAGAUGAUGCCGAUUGGGAUUUCAACUGGUGUGACGUGGGCUGGCUCAGGGAGAAUUUUGAUCAUUCGUACAUGGAGGAACAUGUGAGGGUAAACCACUUUCGCAACCAUUAUGAGCUGACUCGCAAAAACCUCAUGGUGAAAAACCUCAAAAGGUACAGGAAGAACCUUGAAAGAGAUGCUGGCCACAUGGAGGCAUCCAAAUGUGAUUUCUUCCCCUGCACCUUUGCACUGCCCAGCGAGUAUCAUCUUCUUGUAGAGGAGUUCAAAAGAAGCCCUGGCAGCAUCUGGAUCAUGAAGCCAGUGGCAAAAUCACAAGGGAAAGGGAUUUUUCUGUUCAGGAAACUGAAAGACAUCAUGGAUUGGAAGAAGGAUGGCCCCCGCUCAGAGGAGCAGAAGGAUGCAGCCCAAGUGGAAAGCUACGUGGCACAACGCUACAUAGAGAACCCCUACCUAAUUAAUGCCAGGAAAUUUGAUCUGAGGAUCUACAUUCUGGUCACAUCAUAUGUUCCCUUGAAGGCCUGGCUGUAUCGAGAUGGCUUUGCUCGCUUCUCAAGCACCCGCUUCUCUCUUAGGACCAUUGAUGACAAGUAUAUGCAUCUCACCAAUGUGGCUGUUCAAAAAACAGCACCUGACUACGAUCCUGAAAAGGGAUGUAAGUGGCAGAUGCAGCAGCUUCGAAGAUACCUGACUGCAAAGCACGGCACAGAGAUGGUAGAUACCCUGUUCAAAGAGAUGGAUAACAUCUUUGUACGCAGUCUCCAGAGUGUACAAAAGGUCAUUAUAAAUGACAAACACUGCUUCGAGCUCUACGGCUACGACGUUCUGCUGGAUCAGAACCUCAAACCGUGGUUAAUUGAGGUGAAUGCCUCUCCGUCACACACCCCCAGUAGUCAAGAGGAUUACGAGAUGAAGUGCAGGCUGCUGGAAGACACUUUGAAUGUUGUUGAUAUGGAGGAAAGGCUGACGGGCAAGGAGAAAAGGGUGGGUGGCUACGAUCUCAUGUGGAACGAUGGCCCUGUCUACAGAGAGGAUACCAACCUCGAAACAUUUGGGAGUUCGUGUUUCACUGCCAACACACACUUAGGGUGUGUGAACGACAGAGAGAAGCAGCUUCGUCCGCUACUAAAACCUUUUCCAGUCCAGAAGAAGAUGUGAUCACUCUCAUGAUCUCUAUAUCCAGCUAUAAUAGGAGUUGGGAGGAAAGACAUUGUCAUCAUCUAGGUGUGUGUGUGUUUGAGAGUAGAAAGCCUUCAGUGAACACAAAAACAUAAGUUCAGUGUGAUGAUCGGAUCAGAUUUUAAACUUAAUAAAAUUGUAAUGUGUCAAAACUACUUCUACUACUCAAUUCUUUUAAUUAUAGAGUUCAAAGAAAAGUAUAUAGGUAUAACAUAUUUUGCUAGUGAAUUCAGUUAUUAGCUUGAUUUAAUGACCACGAGAUUUGUAAUAUUUGGGAUUGUAGCUUUGGGUCAAUAACAAAGACAGUUGUGAAUGGUUUAGCCCCUUGUGUGCAAAACAUUUAUUUCUUUGCUUUACAAAUACUUGCAUUCAACAUUGAGAAAAUACGUACCACAAUCUUUCUGCGUGCGUGUCAAUAGCGUACACAUCAAUAAUACCAGCGCCACCCCCGGCCCCUGAUCUAUGGCUUUGAUACUUUACAUGAAUGUGAAGUAAAGUGGUGCAGUCUAGAUAGAUGUCACUUACACUGCCGAAGUGUUCUAAUUAAUCUUUUGCACAUGGUAAAUCACAAGAAACACAUGAGACACUAAUGUAAACAUGGUUUUCUAAAGACUUCAAGUGUUGUUCCAGCCAAACAUUAAUGAUGCAUUUAGAAUUUCACUGAAUCCUCAGAAUGGACAAUGGUACAGCAUCAGUAGACAAGAAUAUACAUUCAGCUCUUUUACUUAAUAUUUUUUCUCUUUCUGUGCAUGAUGUAAACAAAAGAAUGAACAUGAUGAAAACAAGUCAACCACAACACGUUUCAUAAAUAUAACUAUGGCAUAUAAAAUUUGGAAAAAUAUGCUUUUACAUUCGUAGCAAACAUUUCACCAUCUUCUUCAAUGAUAUAAAGAGCUCAGCUCUAUGCAAAAUACAGUUUGUUAUCAAGCUGUUCAAACAUGAAAAGCCCUUGUAACCGAACAUGUCAAACCAAUUGUACAAAUAUAUCUGAAACAAACUACAUUACUGCAGUACACACCACUCACUGUGCCCCCUUCUCUUCAGCCAAAGAUGCUUUAACUGAAUAUGUGUCUUAAAUGAUGAGGCACUAAAGAAAAUAUUUUAACAUCAAGUAAUGUGAAAGCCUUGAAAACAAAUACAUUCCAACAUCAAAAACUCCACUAGUAACGGCUACGGUCGUCUUAAAUGAGUAACAUGUAAUGGUUUGUGUGAAACUUCACUAUGGAUUACUAAUGCUGGAAGCUGUCCGACAGUAUAAUAGAUGCUUAUUUAAUGCUUAUUUCAAUAUCAGUAGCACAUUAAGAGAUGAAUGCAGUGCAACAGGGUUUAGUUUAUAUAAGAGCUGUCUUUUUUAGAAUCAUUAGUUGUGUUCAGGUUCAUAAUGAACAUUGUGUCAAAACACAGCCUGAUGAUAGAAUUACUGUACAUUUGAAAAUAAACACAGUGUAUAUACUUC